AUGAAGUCCCGCCCGCCAACAUACCCAGAAAUCUGCGCCGUUUCCCGCGAGGCAGUAUCAAUAUACACGAGACAUGGAUAUUCAUGUUGCCUCUUCGGAAGCACCGCAUGCGCGUUGUAUGGAACAACCAGAACACCGAACGACGUGGAUCUCGUCGUGUUCGUAGACGAACUAGAUACAGAACGCCUGAAGAGGCUGCUGCCCCAGGCGAACUCAUCAUUCUAUCUCGUCGACGCCAAGGACCCCGCAGCUACAUACAAGGUCCUCUGGUACAAACUACCUCGCAUCAGAGGCGAGGCCGAGCGUCGCUGCAAGGUCGACAUCCUCAUCCCGGGUCUCGUCACGACCCUGAAUAUCCCACCUGUCCCUCCAGCCUACAUCGAAAGUCGGGAUGGCAUCCCCGUCUUACCAAUUCUGCCUUUGCUCCUGUUGAAACUACAGGGCUGGGACGACCAUCGGAAUCAUACCGAAGGGUACAUGCGUGCGAAACAGGGAUCGGACGUCAAGGACAUCCGAGAGCUUCUGGAUAUCGCUCGUCGUGUGGGCGCAGAGCUCAGGAACGAGAACGUGCAAUGGUUGCCUUACGAGCACAUACGGAAGGCCCAGGACCGCCUCUUUGAAUAUACUAGGCGCUUUCCUAAGACGGGGCCGUUUUGGGAGAGCAUGGGCUUCGCUUGCUACACAGCGCUGCAAGGUUCUUGA